AUGCCGGACCUCACCUUGCAAGAGAUUGGGGAUAAGGUGAUGGCGGCGAAGCCUUGGAAAGCGCCUGGGGAGGACGGUCUUCCUGCGAUGGUUUGGAAGAAGCUCUGGCACGUGGUCAAGGUCCGGAUCAUUCCCUUGAGGAAACCUGUCGUAGCAGAACGCAUCAGCUACGCAGUUGAGGCCCAUGGGCUUUUGCCCGCGAACCACUUCGGCGCUAGGAAACGUAGAUCGGCAGACCAAGCACUAGUGCUUCUGCAGGAGCGGAUCUACAAGGCGUGGAGAAUGGGCAGAGUGCUAAGCCUCAUCAGCUUUGACGUUAAAGGGGCAUACAAUGGAGUUUGCAAAGAGCGGCUGCUUGACAGGAUGAGAGCAAGGGGCAUCCCGGACAGAUUGGUCGUCUGGAUGGACGCAUUCUGCUCGGAACGGACCGCGUCGGUGGUUGUCAACGGGCACACAUCCGAGCACCAAGCCCUGCCGCAGGCCGGUCUACCACAGGGAUCGCCACUGUCGCCAGUGGCUUUUCUUUUCUUCAACGCGGACCUGGUGCAAAGACGGAUCAGUAACAACGGUGGGUCCAUCGCCUUUGUGGACGAUUACUCUGCCUGGGUCACGGGACCAACGGCAGAGUCGAACAGAGAUGGUAUUCAGUCGAUUAUCGAGGAUGCGCUCGAUUGGGAGAAGCGCAGCGGCGCCACGUUUGAAGCGGAUAAGACAUCCGUCAUCCACUUCACACGCAUCGCGGAGCGCGACAGCGAAUUGCCCCUCACCAUCAAAGGAAACGAUAUCAAGCCGAAGAAGAACGUGAAGCUCUUGGGAGUCAUCAUGGACAAAGCGCUUCGCUUCAAAGAGCACAUCGCCAGUGCGGCCGCCAAGGGGCUGGCCGCGGCCAAACCCCAUGCUCAGCAGCUCAAUAAGCCGGACGAGGAGGACGAUGAAGAGGAAGGCGAGGAGGAGGUGAACAAUUGA